UUCUCGCAGCCCCUACGAUCGUGCGAGCACGAUGUGGAAUCAGUCUCCCGGUCCCAUCAAGGUCGGAGUGUAUGAGGCAAGCCCGGGACUACAAGAUGAAUCAUCCGCAAACAGGCAAAGCUCUGGUGUUCAACCACGAAGUCUUCCACAGGGACCUGGAUCUGAGCGUGCGAAACGGCACGGACCAAGACCGGGAUCGCCUGGUUCACACUCUCGGCCUUCUCGGCUUCGAGAUCCACGUCUUCAACAACAAAACCUUCAAGCAGAUCAGAGAAGUUAUCGAUAAUGUUGCCAUGGAGAAUCAUCAGCACUAUGAAUGCCUUGCUGUGUGCUUCCUGAGUCACGGAGAAAACGGCUUGCUUUAUGCAUACGAUCAACCCUUCAAGCCUGACCGCAUUUGGGGAGCGUUCACUGCUGAUGUUUGUCCUACCUUGGCUGGGAAACCCAAGCUGUUUUUUGUUCAGGUAACUCCA